CGAAGGGGGAUCGAAGAUUGCGACUUCUUUCCAGAAAUUGAAUCUUGCUCCCAGAGUGGUUCUUGUGGUCCUCAUUCCCGUCGUUUUUGGGGCGUGUUAAGCUCUGGCUGUGGCAUUUGUCUCUAGUUCCCGCCUGCUAAACUGACUCGUUCCCGUCGCCUGAAGCUGGUGUCCCGUCCACCCGCCAACGCUAAGACACACUGCGGACGCCCCUCCGUCACCAGCCCGAACAACAUUCCUGAGUCCUCCCCUCGUGGGAAUCCGAGCACUGUUCCGUCUCUGUCCUGUCAACCAUCUGCCCCAGGACAAGAUACCGGCCUGUGUUUGUGGUGCGACGCUGCCAAAGACGCUGCAUUGACUCGCCAUUGCCAUGGACGAAUCCUCCCAGAAGCGCAUCAGCGCCAUUCCGCGUCUGUCGAAGCUCCCCCGUCCCGCCUCGGGCAUCCCCAAGCCAGCUUCGACCUUGCCUCGACCGGCCUCGACAAUCCGCUCGCAGCCCUCCCGAGAGAGUCUUGGUGGAGAUCUGCGGAAUCCACGCCUCCGACCCUCAUUGUCUCGGGACUCGCUCCGCAGCAGUGUUGGCGGCCCCGGAGACGUGCGGAAUCCACGACUGCGGACAGCAGUAUCGCGAGAGCACCUGAGUACUGGCACCAGACGCACCUCGCUUGCUUCCAAGCCUCCAGCUCAACUGUACACUCGUCCACCCAGUACCUCCCGACCCCCCUCUACUCCCCAGCGAUCCACGAGCACCAUCGAUGAGCUGUCAACAACACCCCCUUUCGACCCCCCGGGCGAGGCACUUGCUCCAGAAACCGACGGGCACAUCUUCCGACGCCGGUUGACUUUGACAAGGAGACCUUCAGAAGUCUUCGCCACGUCACCGUUGCCUGACACAGGCCCGGUCUUUGACAAUGCGGACCAAGUCAGGCCAAUGACCGCCUCGACCGAGGGAAGUGGUGCGUCAGGCCCCUCCGACACCCUGAAGCCUCGCUCCAGCAGACCUAGACCUUCGCUGUCUGAGCGAACAAUGGAAACAUUGGCCCAGCUCCCGUCAUCCCCGGCCCAGAGUAAGAAGGCCUCCGCCUUCUUCGACCAGGGCAGACCGCAAUCCCGCACCGACGGUAGGAGAUCAAGAGCCGAUAGCACCAGCUCCCGUCCCGGAUCGAGCUAUACUUCGGAUGGGUCGGGCAGACUUCCUUCAAGGGGUGGCAGCCGGCCAGGGUCAAGCGGCGGCCAGCCAGAAAUGGGAUUCUCGAGCUUCCGUGCCUCCACCAACUCAUACAAGCCUCCUCUGAGUACCAUCAAUGGAACUCCUCAUGGCCAGAGGAGAGUUUCUAGUAUCCAUUCCGCCACAACACCCAAAACCCGAGUCCCUGGAUCUCGACCUGGCUUGGGCUCAGCCUCCAAGCUGCCAUCCUUGCCUGAUGGCAGGAGUCCCAGCCCAGUGAAGACUGCCAUGCUACCCCCGCCAAAGGCUGGCUCCAAGACCAUGGCCGUUCGACCGCUAAAGUCAAAACCAUCCGUGAACGGCCUCUUCAAGAAGCCUUCCCUCCCGGCCCUUGACCGAGCCGCACUCCAGAGCGCAUCUCGUCAGACAUCUGGAAACUCCUCCAAUACUUCCUGGGAUGGCACUAUCCCGCCGAGCGUUGCCACCACUCCCGAAUCUGCCGAACCCACGUCGCCCUCUGCGAGCCGCAAAUCCUCCUCCGCACUCCGUGAGCAGAUUGCCAAGGCCAGGGCGGCCAAAAAAGCCCAGAUGCAACAAGUCUCCGAGGCCCAAGCGCAACCUCAACAGUCCCCAAUCAUUCCAUCGGACGAUGGCUUUGAUUUCGGUAUGGUCCAAGCUGAUCCUUUCAACCAACGCCGAGGAGAUAGCCCCAGGAUAAAGGUUCUGAAGAACCGUGUCGCUGCUGGGAGAACUUCAGGGCGACUAAACAUUGCAGCCUUGGAGCUGAAGGAGAUUCCUAUGGAGGUAAUGAAGAUGUACGAUCUCGAGAGCAUUGGCACGUUCGAUGGUAGCUGGGCCGAGAGUGUUGACUUGACCCGGUUCAUCGCUGCCGACAAUGAACUGGAGGAGCUAGACGAGUUUAUCUUCCCCGACACCAGCCCCGACACAUUUGACGAGGUCCAGGCGAGUCAAGGUAAUAUCUUUGGUGGCCUAGAAACCCUAGACCUGCAUGGAAAUCUCCUGGUUGGCGUGCCCCUUGGUAUCCGACGGUUGACGUGCCUGACAUCUCUAAAUCUGUCGUCAAACCGCCUCACGAAUAACAGCCUCGAUACCAUCUCUCAGAUUAGCUCACUGCGAGACCUAAAGCUUGCAAACAACCUCUUCUUCGGGCCCCUUAACUCGAACAUCGCCAACCUCACCGAACUCGAGAUUCUUGAUGUGCAUGGAAACAACAUCUCUGCAUUGCCUAACAAGAUUGAGAGUAUGACCCGCCUCCGAAUUCUCAACUUGAGCGAGAACAGCUUUGAGUCGUUGCCGUUCGAUGAUCUCGCGACCUUGCCGUUGACGGAACUGAGCGUAAGGAGAAACAAGCUAAAGGGCACCCUAAUCGAGGAACCCAUCGAGAGCUUCCCUCAGUUACACACAUUGGAUGCCUCGGCGAAUCAGCUGACAAGACUUGUCCCUUUGGGCUCGAGCAUUCAACUACCCGUAAUGCAUUCGCUCUCACUUUCGAUGAACCGGAUGCAAGGGCUCCCCGAUAUGACGUCCUGGACGAACCUUCUGACACUCACCGUCGACGAGAACAGCAUUUCCAGUAUUCCCAACAGCUUUCUUGGUCUCGAAAAGCUCCGCCACGCCGACUUCUCUAGCAACGAUAUCAAAAUGAUUCCUCCUGAGAUUUCGAGGAUGGAGAACCUGUCAAUGAUCCGGCUAAGCGGCAACCCUCUUCGCGACAAGAAGUUCCUUUCGAUCACGACGGAGGAACUCAAAGAGGUCCUGGCGGGGAGGCUGGAGCCUCCACCCCCUUAUCAGGAGCCUCUGACACAAGUUGGAAUCAUGAACAUGAUUGGCGAUACUAAGAAAGUUGCACAAGUGGAAGACAGGCCGCCACUGCCUACUACUGAUGCAACCGGGAACAUCGGACAUGGCGAUGAGGACAGCAGUCUUCGAUCGCGAUCGCACACUCUCUCGAACCAGUCAUGGCCUGUGAAGCCAGGUGGCCUCCUCGAUCGAUCACGGACCGAGUCAUCAUCGCUGCACCCAGUAGUGUCCUCUCAGGUUGCAGCUGAGCACCAGGUUCGACAGGUGUUUUUAAACCACAACCUAUUCUCCUGCUUCCCAAAUUCGCUCAGUUUCUUCGCCAGCACCCUGAACACACUUGCAAUCUCAAAUAAUCAGCUGGUUGGAGAGACCUACUUGACCGAGGAUAUUGAGCUCCCUGUCUUGAAAGAGUUGAACCUGUCAUCCAACCACAUCACGGGCCUGGGAGCGCUGACCAAGUUCCUCCAUGCGCCAAAGCUCGAAAAGGUGGACUUGUCAGUGAACCGGCUCAACGCCCUCCCUCUCGACCUCAAAGAGACAUUCCCAUGCCUCUCUGUGCUCUUGGUCGCGAACAACCAUAUUGUGGAUCUUGAGGCGGAUAUGAUCAAAGGAUUGAAGAUUGUCGAUGUUAGUAACAACGACAUUGCCCACUUGAGCCCCCGCAUCGGUCUUCUCGGAGGCCCAGGCGGCCUGGAGAGGUUUGAGGUGAUGGGCAACCGGUUCAGGGUCCCUCGGUGGAAUGUGCUGGACCGCGGAACGGAUGCGACGCUGCGAUGGCUACGUGGGCGUGUUCCCGUCUCAGAGAUGUCCUCUUGGAAGGGAGAAGAUGAAGAGCCCGAACUAGAUUAAAAUGGUACAGCGGGCGUUGUUCUGAUUUGGGAGAACUAGGUUAUAUCGGAAAAGGCAUGAGAGUUUAGGUGCUUGGUUCUGCUCAUGGGUGUUUGAUUCUACGUUAUUUAUUAUAUCCUACGCUGUUGUAUUAUUUGAGGGACCUAGAUACCAAGCAAUAUAUGGUUUGAGACAAUGACAUUCCAGAAGGGCGG